UAUUACUUUCUGUACGAACAAACCGAUUACUGAACUUCUUUACAAAAUAUAUACAUAUAUAUACCUACCGUGUGUAAACUAAUCAAUGAUUAGUAGUGAUAAGUGAUUAUAAAACACGUUUAUCUUAAAAUUAUUAUGCUUAAGUGCUUAACGCUUAAGGCCAGAAUAGUGUACAGCAAAUACAGUAAUACACAUUAAACGACGUACAUCCUUCAUCGAUAAUCUUUAAGUUAUAAAGAUCAGAACCUGUCGUUAUAACUACUUGUAAAUUUUAAUCUGUCGUCAUGAAAAUCCCACGAUUAAAUAUCCAAAUUCGUACAAUCUACACUAGCAUCCGUUUUCAAACGAAACCAUCUGAACUCUAUGAUCAACGAGUGAGUGAUGGUCAAUUGAUCAAUGAUGAUCAUCAGCGUCAAAUUGUCAAACAGCUAGAUGAAGUGUAUACAUCUUUAAAAAGUUAUUCACUACCAUCACAAAGUGUAAUUUCAAAAUGGUUUGGUCGGCGAAAAGUACCCUUAAAUGGUAUUUACAUGCAUGGAUCAGUUGGAUGUGGUAAAACCAUGUUAAUGGAUUUAUUUUUUUCCUGUUGUGAAGUAGAAAAAAAACGUCGAGUUCAUUUUGAUGAGUUUAUGUUGGAUAUUCAUAAUAGAGUGCAUAAUUUAAGGUUGAGCACUAAAGAAAAUUUUGAUGCUAUUCCUAUGGUUGCUGAUACAAUAUUAGAACAAUCAUGGUUACUUUGUUUUGAUGAAUUUCAGGUGACUGACAUAGCAAAUGCAAUGAUAUUGAAACGGCUUUUCACUGUACUUUUUGAUAAAGGUAUGGUUAUGGUAGCGACCAGCAAUCGUAAGCCAGAUGAUCUAUAUAAAAAUGGACUACAAAGGUUUUUGUUUUUACCGUUUAUACCUGUAUUAAAGCAACAUUCUAUAGUCGUCAAUUUGGAUUCUGGUAUUGACUAUAGAGUUAUAAGAGCAAAAAGUGGAUACAAAUCAUAUUUUGUACGAAAUGUUGAUACCUUAAAAGAUUUUGAAAACUCCAUUAAAAGAUUUACAAAUAGUGAAAAUGAUACUGUCAGGCCAAGAACAUUAAUUAUUAUGCAAAGGAAUCUUACAUUCAAAAGAGUAUGUGGACAAAUCUUAGAUGCUACUUUUGAAGAAUUAUGUGAUCGGCCUUUAGGCGCUGUAGAUUACUUAUACUUAGCUCAAAUGUUUCACACAAUAGCUAUAAGAGAUGUUCCUCAACUUGAUUUAGAUUCAUUAUCGCCAUUGAGACGUUUUAUCACUUUGAUUGAUACACUUUAUGAUCAUAAGAUAUUUGUUUUAAUAUAUGCAGAUAAACCAGUAAAAGAAUUAUUUGUAGCCCAAAAAACAGACGGAUUAGACGAUGAUCAGAAAGUUCUUAUGGACGAUUUAGAUUUACAAACUGAUUCGGCCAAUGCUAAAGCCAAUGUUUUUACUGGGGAUGAAGAAAUGUUUGCAUUUGAUCGAACAGUAUCAAGGCUCAUGGAAAUGCAAUCUAUUGACUAUUGGAAAAAUAACCGCUCAAAAGUAUAAUUCAAAUAAUGUACAGUAGAACCUCGAUAACUUGAAUCUGUUGAGGGCAAAAAAAAAUUUGAUAAGUCGAGGUUCUACUGUGGUUAAAAUUAAUAGUAUCAAAUAGUUACCAUUUUUAUAGUUCUGUUGUAUGCUGUUGUUAUUUAUUUAGUAAUAAUUAUUAGUUUAAUAUGAAAAGUGAUUAAAUAUAAUAUGAUUAAUAACUAAGAAAUAAUUCAAAUUUAAUUGUAGGUGUCUUAUUGUGUUUUUAACAGUAUUUUAAAAAAGGCUUACAGUGGCACUAAAGUGCUUAAAAUAUAUUAUGACAUCAUACAUCAAGGGACUUUAUUAUCCUAACU